AAAAAGGAGGUGACAGCUAGCUUUCGGUCUCGUUUUGUUCUGCUGAUUGACAACUUGCGUAACAAUUUUUUACAGUCGAGUCGUCGAAGAAAACAUUUUUGGCGAUUUUUUGUAAGAAGCACAAACGAAAAUGAUUCGCUCUGCGGUGAUUCCGGUUCUUGCAAAUGGUUGGAAAGCUGCAAUCCCUCGCGGCUCUGCUGCUGGUUUUAAUGCGACUCAAGUUCGCGAGAAAAACACUUUACCUGUAGUGGAAAAGGACAAACCGGAGAAAUUGUCUUAUUCGCCAUUUGGAACCAAACAGUCCAACUGGGCUGAAUGGGGUGUAGCUCGGCUAGACGAUCUACUGAAUUGGGGUCGUAAGGGCUCUAUCUGGCCGCUUACCUUCGGAUUGGCUUGCUGUGCCGUCGAGAUGAUGCACAUUGCAGCUCCUCGUUAUGACAUGAAUCGCUUCGGAGUCACAUUCCGUGCUUCUCCGCGACAGGCAGACUGUAUCAUUGUAGCUGGUACUUUGACAAACAAAAUGGCUCCAGCUUUGAGGAAAGUUUAUGACCAAAUGCCUGAACCCCGAUGGGUCAUUUCAAUGGGAAGCUGUGCCAAUGGAGGUGGAUAUUAUCAUUACUCAUACUCAGUUGUAAGAGGUUGCGACCGCAUAAUUCCGGUUGAUAUUUACGUUCCCGGAUGCCCUCCAACGGCGGAAGCAUUACUCUAUGGUGUACUGCAGUUGCAGAAAAAAAUUAAAAGGAUGAAGGCUCUUCAAAUGUGGUACAGAAAGUAGAUCAAGUUAUCUGAAUUUUAGAUUGUGCUGUUGCCCAUAAAGUUAUAUACGUCGAAAGUGAAACAAUAA